ACUGGGUGAUACUAGAGCAAUUCCACUCUUAGCGCAGACAAUGAAUUUACAACAUUCUGAAGGAAAUGACGAUAGCGAUUCAGAUGACAUUUUUGCGUUUGUUUCAACAGAACGAUUAGUCGUAGAGUCUUGCAUUGCUCUAGCGACUUUUAUCAAUGACGAAGAAGCAAAAAAUGCGUUAUUGAACGGAUGUAAACAUGAGCGAACUCGUGAAGCUUGUCUUGCCGUUCUCUAUACGUGUACAAAAGAAAAACAGUAUUUGGAACUACUUGAAGAAGCAGUAAAAACAGGAAAAACAUUCGAUUACUACAUCGUACACUAUUUGAGAAAUCAUGCGGAGACAUCAGAAGAUUUAGUCAAACUCUUGCAACUAAAUGAAGAAAUUGAAAUGGCGAAAAAAGUGAAAACAGACAAUGAUUAA